AUGAACAUUAGCAACGAAACGCCGGUCAUCCCGAUUUUCCGCAUUCUCGACUAUGAGGGCCAAAUCGCCGAGGGAUGGCAGUGCCCCAUGAGCAAUGAAGAAGUCCUCGAAGCGUACCAAUUCAUGGUGAAACUGAGCAUUUGGGACAACAUGUUUUACAGCGUCCAGAGACAAGGUCGUAUCUCCUUCUACAUCCAGAAUCAGGGUGAAGAAGCGCUGCAGACAGCUGUCGGGCUUGCUCUCGACAAGAAAGACCAUCUCUUCUGCCAAUACAGAGAACUCGGAGUGCUCCUGCUCCACGGCUUCACCGCUGAAGAUGCGCUCGAACAACUUUUCGCGAGGAGAGGCGACGAGAGCAAGGGACGUCAAAUGCCCAUUUCGUACAGCAAACACAAUGUGAACCUCCACACGAUUUGCACGCCUCUCACCACGCAGGUUCCACACGCAUCGGGCGCCGGCUACGCCUUCAAACUCGGAGGAGAAGACCGCAUUGCUGUUGCUUUCUUCGGCGAAGGUGCGGCCAGCGAGGGCGACUUCCACGCGGCGAUGAACUUCGCCGCCACGCUCAAAAGCCAGACUCUGUUCGUGUGCAGGAACAACGGCUACGCAAUCAGCACACCCGUGAAGGAUCAGUACGCAGGCGACGGCAUUGCGAUUCGCGGUAUCUCGUACGGCAUGCGCACCAUUCGCGUUGACGGAAACGACCUGUUUGCUUCGUUCCUUGCAACCAAGAAGGCACGAGAAAUAAUCGUCACACAACACGAACCCGUCCUCAUCGAAUUCAUGACUUACAGAGUGGGCCAUCACAGCACCUCCGACGACAGCUUCCAAUAUCGCCCGAGCGGGGAACUGGAGGCGUGGGGCCAGUCCGCACGCCUACGCCGAUACCUCGACAACCUGAACCUUUGGAGCGACAAGCAAGACGAGGAACUGCGCAAGGAGGCUCGGUCCACGAUGCUGCGCAUGAUGAAGGCGGUAGAGAAGAACAAGCGUUGCGCUGUUAUUGGGGGGGUCUUCGAUGACGUGUACGACAAAGAGCCGUGGAACUUGCGAGAGCAACGGGAGAGCCUGAAGGAGUUUAUGGAGCGCAACAAGCAACACUAUCCUCAGCUGAAGGAGUAUGAGUCUAUUUGA